AUGGAGGAAAUGUCGUACAGAAAACCAGUGGAUCAGAUACUAACGGAGGUCCUAACGGAGGAGAUACUAACGGAGGAGAUACUAACGGAGGAGAUCCUGUCGGAGGAAAUCCUGACGGAGAUCCUAGCAGAGGAGACGUUAGCAGAGGAGCUACUAACGGUGGAUGGCGUGUUACAGAAGUAUGUGGGCGAGCUAGGUCCGUGUCAGAUCCGCCAUGCCGUGCUGGUCGCAUGUGCGUGGUCCCUGGAGGCGCUGUUCACCUUUAUCAUCAUCUUCACAGAGCGCAUGCCAGCAUGGCACUGCACUGCGCCCUCCUGCUUCGGGAAGACUCUCUGCCAGGUGGACGCCGAGCAGCAGCUUGCCACGUGGCAUCAUCAGGCUAGCCAACGGGAGAACGCCACGUGGCAAUGGUCAGAGCCAGCAAGUGUUUCAGUGGUGUCAGAGUGGGGUCUCAUCUGUGGGCAACAGGAGCUGCUAGCAUGGAUUGACUCGGGAUACUUCAUGGGUUAUUGCGCCGGUUCAUGCUUCUUCGCGUUCCUCUCGGACGGCCCUCUGGGUCGCAAGCGCACGCUUCUCCUCGCAUCCCUCCUCGCCUCCCUCCUCACCACCCUCACAGCCCUCGCCCCAUCCCCUCACUCCUACGCUCUCCUGCGCCUGCUGACCGGCAUCGCCACAUCGGGCCUGGGCAACACGUGCUACGUGCUGGCAGCGGAGCUCAUAGGGCCAAGCUAUAGAGGGCCCGCUUCUAUGCUCGUGAACCUCUCGUAUCCCUUUGGGCAAAUGCUCCUGCCUGCCCUCGCCGCGUUUGCCUCGGCGGUGGGUCCGGAAGAGGCCGAAGCAGUGCAGUGGUGGUGGCAAAAGGAGGCACCGGCAGGGGGGAUGGGAGCUGUGGUUGCUACUGAGUCAGUGCCUGUGCUGCACGCACCACCGGCAGGGUGGGAUGUUGCCAGUGCACCACAGGCAUCCCUCGCCCCGUCCUGGCGGCGCCUGUAUUUGCUUGCUGGGGCGGGAGUUGGUGGUCUGUACUGCGCGCUCCUCCUCCUCCCGCCGCUGCUGCUCGCCAUCCGCCCUAUCAUAUCCGGCCACAUGGCACAUUUCGUUGCAUUCUUGGGCAGGAAAAGCGGGGACCGGGCUUUUGGUGUGGGUAUUGCAGGUGGUGAGAAUAGUCAAGACGAUACUCGUCUCAUAGUGCCCCUGGCAGAUGAGAAGCAGGGCGAGAGCACUGGGAAAGUGAUAAUGAAAGCAGCACAGGCAGUGGGGCAGGGAGAGGGGAGGAGAGAGGGGUGUACAGCGGAGGCGGAGGAAGAGGCACUAGUGGUAAAGGCAGGGGCGGGAGGAGGGGAGAGCAGGGCAGUGAUGCAAGCAGCUGAGGUAGCUCUGAGACACCGCAAGGCUCAGGGAGUGGUUUGGAAAGAGGUGCGAUCAGUUACAUGGGUGUGUGAGUCGCCUAAAUGGCUGCUGGAGAGGGGAGGAAGAGGGGGAGCACUGCAGGUGUUGCAGGGUUUGGCGAAGGGGAACAGUCGGGUGAUUCCUGCAGGAGUGGUGUUGGUUCCUGAUCUUUGGGCAGCUGGAAACUGUACUGGUUGCCGGACAAUUGGAAGUUGUAACGAGUUUCGGGCGGUUGAAACUUGUGCCGAGAAUUGUGCCGAGCUUUCAGCAGCUGAAAACCGUGUUGAUUCCUGGGCGGCUGCAAGUGGGGUGGUGGCAAGUCAACCGGUUCAAGAAGCAUCGGAGGGUAUAAAAGGAGGAGGAGGAACAGGUGCAGGUACAAGUGGGGGAGGGAUUGCCGGUGAAGGUGCAAACGUGUCAUGUAAGGGUGGUGGUGGUGGUGAAGGUUCAACUACUGAAUAUUGCGUAACUGGUGCAGGCUCACCUGGUGGCUGCGUUGCUUCCUGUGCCGCCAGCACAGCUGGUGCAGCUGGCAGCACAGGCGGAGGUGCAGCCAGGGGGGGGUUGAGGGAGUCACCAUCACCCAGGGCGCAUCUGCACUGUCUGUCGCUCGGAGGUGAUGAGAGUGCAGCUGGGGGAGGUGCAGCUGGGGGAGGUGGAACAGCAGGUGCAGCAGGCAGCACAGGUAGAGGAGGUGCAGGCAAGUGGGGGGGUUUGCAGGAGCUGCUGUCGUCGCGGGUUCACGUGCAGCGGCUGUGCCUCAUGCUGCUGCUCUUCCUCAACUCCUCGUCCCUCUACAACGGCCUCACUCUCAACACCGCCAACCUCGCCACUGCUCUUACACAGCAACUAGCAGCAGCAGGCAGCAGCAACAAUAGCAACCUCACGAGCAGCCCCAAUCCCGCGAACAGCAGCAGUCCCAUGGGCAGCAUUGCAGCAGCGACGUACCUGGUGGCAGUGGUGCAGGUGCCCUCCAUCCUGCUCUCCGGCUGCCUCAUCAACCGCGUGGGGCGCCGCCGCCUCGUCAGCUGCUCGCUCAUACUGGGCAGCCUGCUGUGUGCUAUUGGGGGCACGGUGCUGCUGGCGCAGGGGCCAGGGGGAGGGGGAGGGGGGGGUGGAGAGGGAGGGGGACUGGUGUUGGCGCAGGUGGGCGGGGAAGGGGGGAUGCUGCUGGCGCAGGGGGCAGGGGACGGGGGGCUGCUGGUGCAGGGAAAUGGGGGAGGGAGUGGCAGCGAGAGGGGAGGCAGCAGGGGCAGCAGCAGUGCAAGCAGAAGAGAGCUGCUAAGAGCAGGGGGGACAGAGGGCGGUAGCGGUAUGAGAGAUGGUGGGAAGACGGGGGGGCGUAGAGAGGACAUGCCUGGUUUGGAGUGGAAGGACCUUCCGCUGUUGGUGGCGGCAGAGGGAGGGCGUGGAAGUAGAGCUCUUCCCCACCUCCAUCCGCCACUUGUCUCUCGCUAUAGUCACGCAGGCAGGCCAAGUCGCUACAGUGCUUGUACCCCAUAUAGUGCUCCUCGGUCGCACCUCCCCUAG